AGAAUGGUUAGAAUGGAUAGAAUGACCAAGACACGAGAUGUCACCGCACCACACAGAGCAAUAAAUAAAUAAGCAACGCCAGCAAGAAGAAAUUCUUUGUUUGUUUGUUGGUUUGUUUGCUUCUCUUUUUUUGGCUCUCGUAUUUAUGUCAGCCAGAUUAAAUAUAUAUCCAAGCUUAUAUCAGUAGCCCAGGGGAACUGGAACUGGACACAAGACCCGUCGUCCACGACGAACAAUGUGAGCGUGGCAAUUAAGUGGGAAAAACGUCAAGAAUUGAAGUAGUUCCCGGGGCCGAAAAUCCAUAGCAGUUGAAAGUAUUAAUUAGUGCACAUUUGGAAAUUCAGCAACAUGACUCACCUGUCAGCGCUGGCAUUGCUGAUGCUGCACUUGCUCCUGGUGGUGCCCAUCCUGGCAUCCCAUUCACCCCUCCUCACUCAACCCCAACCCGUUGACAAUUCCGAGGGGCUCAGCACACUGUCCAAACAUUUCGAGAGCCCCAUGUUGGCCAGUCUAUCAUCGACCAGCAAUAUUCCCAGCUCCGACUUCGACCAUUCCGCAUCCGGCAAUUCCACAAGGAUACUGCGGCGUGGCAAGCGUUAUCUACAAUUCAGCAAGGGAUCACGUAUGUCGUGGCGCACCAAUGGCAAGAACAAUCUGUGGACAAUCAACACUCUGUGGGCCUACGGCUAUGGCUUCCGUGCCAAUUAUCCCUUUCCCUCCAUCGAGGAGCAAAAGAAGGAUAAUGCCGUCUUCUUCCGCCUGUUCAAGAGGGACCUCUUCUCCAAACUGGAGACCGCUCUGGAUGGCCAUGGCUUCGAUGGCCGAGCUUGCAUGCUGAAGUCAUUCUGCACCGCCAUCAACGAUGUGGAUAAUCCCAAGCAGAAGAGCGGAAUGCUCUUCAAAAUGCUCAAAUUGAUAUUCCGUCGAGCGAAGAGAUAUUUGGAUAUUAUAGAGACCACUCGUAUAUUUGUGGGUAUUGCAUAGAUUAUAUUUAAUAUUAAAUACCCCUUAAAGUUUCGCGUCAAUGCCAAAAACAAUGUGAUCAAAUCGCCGAUUGUGUGGGCCCAUGGCUAUGGCUUUCGGGCCAAUACGCCGGUGUUGGUCAAAAGGGAGAACAGGCCCUUUCGCAGGGACACCUACGAGUUGCUCCACGAGCUGAUCGAUCGCAGUGGCCUGGAUGGACGAGCCUGUGUCCUGAAGGCCUACUGCACCGCCCUCGCCGGGGAUCAUGGUCAGGGAUUUUUGUUUAAGCUCUUGAAAUACGUAUUUACCCUGGAUGAGCACGACAAGCGGCACAUGCCGCAUCUGCGGGAGGAGAACUGCGAGCAAAUCAUGCACAGCCAUUGUCCUUUGAGCUUCGACAGCAUAUCUCCAUACACGGACGAUGUGUAACACUACGCACCUGGAUAAGCGAACAGAUUGGCCAAAUAAAUGUGAAUAAGUAUCUUUAGAUAAUGUACAAAAAAUAAGCAUGUUUCAAUUAAUGUUAAACUAAUUAAACUAAAUGGGAUAUUUCGAGGACACUUCCAUAUGCGGAGUUUUCUAAACAGGAAACCACCACUGAACUUCUGGCAAAUAACAGCAGUGUAGUGAACGGGUUUGUUUUUUUAGAGCUACAUAAAACAAACAAGACGCAGAUUGAAUUGCACAUCCAAAUAAACAAAUAUACACACAAAACUGACGGACUGAUUGCCUAAAAUAAUAAUACUGAAUGUAAUAAAAGCACUUCAAAGUGAUUGAAGCCUCGAGUGAUUAAACAUUAAAGUUCGUGCCAUGGCACAAAAAAACUUUAUACAAUUGUUAAUUCAGCAUGUUUUUAAUACAAAUUAAAAACUUUAUUUCAGCACAAGCGUGUUCAUCUUCAUUUAAGUUAUGUUUAAUACCCUUUGAAAGGGUAAACUAAAUAUAUUCAGUUGCUACAUUUAUAACAAUCUUUAAACCUCAAUGAGUAUCAUAAAAGUUAAGUAUUAAAGCUUUGCAAUUUGUAAGAUUUUACAGAUUUUUGUGGACAGCCUUCUGUAAGUGCUUGUGGCUGCUGAUGAUAUUUAUUCGGUGUUGUUGCCAUUUGCAAUUUAUAAUUAACUUGUGUGCCAUUUGCAGGUUUUGUUUGCAGGAUGAGUGUUUCUGUUUUCUGUUUUUUGUUUUUCCGGCAGCCGCUGUAUGGUGCGUGUGGCAAUCAGCGACAUGCAUUUAAUUGGCAUUUUUAUUAAACAGCUGAAAAUGAGCAGUUGGGCAAAAGCUGCAAACAAAUACAAUCAACACGAAAAAAAAGGAAACCAAAAAAGGAUACCGGGCGUAGCAAGGACUCGCUGGCCAUUGUUGACCUCGUUGCAUGACAAAAGUGCUCCAGCUGUUUAAUGUCACCAGCACGAAAAUGCCGAGUGGUGUUAAAAUGUUUGCGGCAGCCUUUGAUGCACUUGCCACGCCCCUUUGCCUUUGCCUUUGCCUUUGCCCUUGCCAAGGAAAACCUGUCGCCCACCGCAGCGGCAUUAAGAAUUAACUUUAAUUAAGUUGAAAAACAUAAAUUACAUGCACGCAUACAAGGCCAUUAAAUUGCAGUUGCGGGAGCUCUCCACUCAGAACUUUGCCACAAGGAUACACACGAUUCGGAGUGGCAGCAGUGCUCCCACUGGGACAUUGACCGCAAAACUUUAAGAGUUUAUUGGGCCACAACUUUGUCCUACUUAAGAAAAAAAAAAAAAAAAGAAUGCAAAAAUACACAUGUACUUAAAUGCACACGCAGCAGCGAGCUCCUUCCACAGCCUUAAUCAACUAUUAAUUAUCCUGGCGUGCGUUGAAUUGCUGCAUCAAGAGGUCAACUCCAUCCAUCACCUGUGCACUGCAAGUGACCUUACUCGAUCCACAGGCAUCCAGUCACCAAAUAUCCUAACCACCCAAACAACCACAUUUCACAUUACCUUCACUGGAUUCAUUUCAAAUCGGCUAAAGAAACUUUAUUACAUUUGUGUAUCAUUAUUAAGAGUUACAUUAUGUAAUGUUUAAGUAUUUGUUGAAUCCUUUGCCAACUUACUAUUUUUUUAUUUAUAUGUUAUGGAAAUACACUACAUUUUUAUUUAUUACAUUUCACAGAAAACUCAAUUUUUUACUUGUUUCAUUCGCUGACAGCGCAAUUUUUGUUGCUGUUGGUUGCAGUUUAAUUUUCUCAUUUGUUGCUUGCAUUUUUCUCGCUUUCCUUGUAAUUUUUUGAGUUUGGAUGUUUUUGCAAUUAAAUUUAAAAUACCCUGAAAUAUAAUUAUAUAUAUAUAUAAAGAUAAAUAUAUACCUACUUUAGUCAGUAAGUAAGCAAAUGAAAUCACCAUAAAUGCAUUAAGACUUCAAACAUUAUCGACUGCUAACAUUGUAAAUAAAAUGCCAAUUUAUUUGUAUUCAAAAUGCAAUGUGUGAAAUCUAUCCGAUAUAACAAAAUAACCAUAUUUAAUUGCUCCGAAUUAAAUCUGAUAGCUGGCACUUUGCAAUUUCAUUUAGUUCUCCUACUCGAUCUGCCAAUUAUAUAUUUAUUCAUAUUGAUACAGUUUCUGUCCUUUUUACAAUGCAAAGCACUUGGCAAAUAAAUAAAAGUCAAUAAAUUGUUUGAAAAUAUAAAAGCAGUUUGCUGUUGCCCCAAAAUGUGAAAUAAUAAAAACUCGCUUGCUACUAAGCGCAAAUAAAUAUUUUAAUUGUCAGCAUGAAAGCCAUUUUAAUUACUUAGGAAUAAAGGCAAUUUACAACUAAACGGCUAAACGGCUCUUCGACAUCCAAAAUUAAUAUGAGCCGACAGGUGUGGUGGUAAGUUAUUUGGCCCCCACUUCGAUACAGAUACAGAUGGUAUCCGAUACAUUGGCAUCGGUGUGAUUUUGGGCCAAUGCAAUAUAGACGAGAUU